AUGCCGAGCGUGAUCGCUAUCACAACGCUGGUCACAGCCCUCGCAUUCACCUUGCAAUACUAUGCAAAAAUCCUGUAUCAAGCUGAUCUAGCUGGUGAGGAUCUCUUGGCUCGCAUGAUCGAUAGUUUGCUCGACGUCGACGCUAUACAGUCUGCUCUGCGGCGCUUUGCAGAAACGAGCCAGCACCCCACGAAGGGUGAAGGGUUUGAUAAUGAGAAGAUCACUAAGAUAUCAAAGAAAGCGGAGCAGAUGAGCCAGAUAGGCAUGUGA